CGCGCGCAAAUCUACCUGCAGCCGCGCCCGGCGCAGGUUCUUAGGAUCCUGCUGCGAGACCCAUCUACAUCCCCGCGGGCAACUGUCCAUCCCGCUCGCUCCCUGCCACGACUGCCACGGCAUUAUACACGAGCAUGCCCACCACAGUCAUCCUCGGCGCAGGCAUCAUCGGCCUCGCGACCGCCCACUCCCUCGCCGAGCUCGCGCCCCCAGACCACAGAAUACACCUCGUCGACCCCGCCCCCGAGCUCUUUGCAUCCGCGUCCGGCAAGGCCGCCGGGUUCAUCGCGAAGGACUGGUUUGCGCCCGCGAUCGCGCCUCUCGGGGACCUGUCCUUCGACCUCCAUCGGGCGCUCGCCCACAGGCACAACGGCCGCGCGCGAUGGGCAUACUCUGAGAGCAUCUCCUACUCCCUCGACCGCGAUUUCGACGAUGACUCCGACGACCCCGACCUCGAUCCCGGGCUCGCCUCCGGAUCGGAUCGCGGUGCGGACGCAGAAUCUACAGAGCAGAGCAGCGCGAGUGGUCAAGAUGUCCCCAUCUCUGGCCGCAAUGGCAGCCAGGGCCAGGGCGGCCUUGACUGGCUCCGCCAAAACACAAGCCGGGCGAGCGUACUCGAAGACAAUGUCGAGAAGGCACACUCGGAUAGGAGCGUGUCGGUCGAUGACACAGACGAGCUGCCCAAAUGGCUCCGCGCAAGGCCAGACGCGCUACAGAUGAUAUCGGACAGGAAGUCCACUGCUCAGCUACAUCCUUGGCAGCUGUGCGAGUUCCUGCUCGAGCAGUGUCUCGCCGCCGGCGUCACCCUCCACCAGCCCGCCCGCGCGACCAAGCUAUGGCUGGACGAGGACAACCCGGGCGGGCUCACGCGCAUCCGCGUCGAGUACCUCGGCCUCCUAGCAAAGACGGUCGACGGGCGCGCGCGCACCGUCGACAUCCCCUGCGACAAUGUCGUCAUCGCCGCCGGCUGCUGGACGCCGCAGGUCUACACCGCCCUCUUCCCGAACGCGAACCGCAUCCCGCGCAUCACGCACCUCGCAGGGUACUCCGUCACGUUCAAGGCGAAGCACUGGCCGCCCCCCAAUCCUACUCCGAAGGCGGACCCACACGCGCCACAGGCGCCUAGCAGCCCGUCCCUGCCCCUGCCCCGCCGGCACGACUCCCAGGUGUACCUCGGGGCGAGCCCCUCCCACGCGAUCUUCACCGGCGCGCACGGAUUCUCGCCCGAGAUCUUCUCACGCACCGCGGGGGACGUCUGGCUGGGCGGCCUGAACCCGGCCGCGGCGGCGCUCCCGGCGCUGCCCACGGACGCACAGGUCGCCCCCGCGGAGGUCGCCAAGCUGCUCGCGGUCGCGCAUGAGCUGUGUGGGGAGGACAUCGAGCUGCGCAGCCAGGCGUUGUGCUUCCGCCCGGUGAGCGCGACGGGGCGGCCGAUUAUCUCGCGGAUGCAUGUUGCGGACCUCGGCGAUGGGGUGAAGCCGCCCGGGCACGACGGGGCGGGUGGGGUGUUCGUCGCGACGGGCCACGGUCCAUGGGGAAUCUCCUUGAGCCUCGGGACGGGAAGAGUCGUGAGCGAGAUGGUGCUGGGGCGGACGACGAGCGCAGACGUGAGCGCAUUGACGAGGUGGUAAGUGCUCACCAAAUAUUUGCUUCUAGAUCCCCGAGGCGGGUCACGAUGGCAUCCGGGGUGCCUUGGAUAAGCGAGAGAGGGCCUGAGAGAGGCACUGGGUAUGCUGGCUCGACGUGGCCGGGGGGAAAGGCACGGGUGGAGCGGCGCGAUCUACAAUUAUUGACCUGGGCGGCAGGCCACAGGCAUGGGCCAUCUAUUAUCUCCGGAUCUCUCGCAGCGGCGGCGUGGCGGGAUGGGGCUUCUUGGGCUUACCAGUGCGACACAACUACAUCAGUUCUUAUGAAUUCCCC